AUGACCAUUAAUGGGAAACAAUGUGGCAAUGGUAUUGUUGAGGGUGAAGAUUGUGAUUUUGGCGUCAGCGAAUCUUGUGCGGGGAACAGCUGCUGUAAUCCCACGACUUGCAAGUUCAAUUCAGGCGCUGUCUGCGACCCCAGCAACGAAGCGUGUUGCACGUCGACUUACCAGCUCGCUUCUACUGGGACUGUCUGCCGUGCUAGCACCGGCCAAUGUGAUCCCGCCGAUACUUGCUCUGGUACCAAUGGAACAUGUCCGACAGACACCACCGCGCCCGACGGAAUCGACUGCGGUAGUGGUCUUGAAUGUGCCAGUAGCCAGUGCAAGAUUCUCACGGGCCACAAGAGCUAUCACGCCGCUCAGACUUGA